AUGCAGAGGCGCUCCUGCGCACAACUCCCCCCCACAACAUCAUUUACUCCCACCCCCACUACUAUUCGCCAGACUCCGUCCCACGUCGACUUAUGCUGGCUCCAGAGCCAUGUAACACCUCCAAUGGAUCGUGCCUUUGAGGGCCUGGACAUGUUAGCGAAUUUGACCGAGGACAUUCCCGAUUUCUGGGGAGUAAUAGAUCCGGCGCUGGGCCUGACUCCCGACGCUCUUCCACUGCUAUCCGGUGAUACGCCUCGGCUACCCACCCCAUUUGACACAGGUUAUCUCCAUACUGCGGACAGUCAUUCCAUGAGCUCUACUUUCGAACCCUCUCUCUUUUCGACGCAUGAACUAGAAGAGCCGAUUUCGCCACCCGAACUCGCUGCCUUGCACCAAAAGUACUUUGAUGUUUUUUAUCCCGUUCUGCCCAUUCUAAACCAAUCACGAUUUCGUCAAGAAUGGACCCAGGAUCCAGUUUCCCCCCGAAUUCGGGGACUAAGUUAUGCCGUGGCCCUGAUCGGCUCGAUGAUUGCCCCAGAGUACGCCCACCUCCAGUCUCCUUGUUACAACAAUGCCCGCAAAUAUAUCGAGCUCUGCGAGCGCGAUGAUGAUGAGACAAACAUGAUGUGCUUGAAUGCCUUUCAAGCGUUAAUAUUCAUCAUUCGUUACGAGCUAACGAAAAAGCACUUUGUUCGCGCGUGGAUGACCCUCGGCCGUGCUGUUACCCUUGCUCAAAUACUCGACCUGAGCAACAUCGAUGGCGCGCCCGCGGAUCGACAUCAACGCGCUGGAUCCCAUAAAUGCCCCAUAGAGACAGGAUAUAUUAGCAAUUUGCGUGAUCCAGCCACGAUGGAGGAAAUUCGACGUUCCUUCUGGUCUUUAUACAUCUUUGAGAGUUAUGGGAGCGUUCGUACCGAUAGACCUUGCACCCUAGAAGAAGAAAGCCUGAGUAUCUUUCUCCCAUCUCCGGGUGAGCUCAAACAGAACUUUCUGCCUAGCCCGAUGCCUUUUAUCAGCGAACCAACGAAAUUGACUGGGGUUGGAUAUCUGACCUCCUUCGCUGCGGUGACCAUCAUGGUCAAGCUAGCCCGCAUUUGCUUCGAGCACGUGAGUAUUGUCUCUCGCAGUGCCAGUGACUCUGGCUUCUGGGAUCGGCACUACCGCCUGGUGAAGACGAUAAAUGACUAUACUGCCAUCUUCCAACGAUACCUGACUGCGAAGGCUGUCCGGGAAGAUCCAUUGGCAUUUUCUCUACACCUCAAUCUGUGUGCAACACAUAUUAACCUUCACGAGGCAGCGAUACGCAAGGUUGAAGAUCAAGACCUGCCGAAGCUUGUUGCAGCCGAAAGUCGAAAGUGUAGUGCUGCCGCGGCAUUUAAGAUUCUUGGAGCCAUUCGCAUGAAUUGGCCUGUGCAACGGUCGGAGCGCGACCACUUCACUCUCCAAGCGACGUUCAUCGGAUGGCCCAUUUCCAUGAGCCUCAUUGCCCUUAGCCGCAGUCUAGCCAAUGGUGAUACCACUCCGAUCGGCAUAGUUGACUCUCUGCGCUUGCUACGUGCUGCUCUCGAUCAAGUAGAGGAACCUGAUGGGUAUUGGCACCAAGCCAGCGGUGCUGCAGUGACUGCCUUGGCGAAAUGGGACGAGCAACAGCGCGAGUCUCGCUCCGUUGAGUGA